AUGUCUCUUCCCGCAGCAGCAUCUGCAAAUGCGGCAGCUUCAGCUAGAAGAAAGGGCCCCAACCUCAAUAUUGUGGUUUCGUGCCCUGAAUGCAAGGUCUACCCCCCCAAAGUUGCCGAGCGUUUCAGUGAAGGAGACGUGGUCUGUGCUUUGUGCGGUCUGGUACUUUCCGACAGAAUCGUCGAUACCAGGUCCGAGUGGCGAACGUUUUCAAAUGAUGACCAGAACGGCGACGACCCAAGUCGUGUUGGUGAGGCCUCCAACCCGCUUCUGGACGGAAACCAUUUGUCUACGAGAAUAGGUCAAGCUCAGGGGAGUGACAUAAAGCUCAUGAGAGACCUUAACCGUGCGCAAAGUAAGAGCAUUGUCGACAAAAAAGAUAACGAGCUUCAGGCUGCUUACGCCAAGAUCACAAUGAUGUGCGACGCUGCGGAAUUACCCAAAAUUGUCAAGGAUUGCGCAAAGGAGGCUUACAAGAUUUGUUACGAAGAAAGGGCGCUCAAGGGUAAAUCACAAGAAAGUAUAAUGGCUUCAGUAAUUCUAGUGGGCUGUAGAAGGGCAGAGGUUGGUAGAUCCUUUAAAGAAAUCCUCUCUUUGACAAACGUGAAGAAAAAGGAGAUUGGUAAAACAUUCACAAUCAUCAAAAACAUUUUGCGGGAAAAGAAUGCCAAUGGGUUUGCUAACAUUGACACCUCGACUAUCUCCUCCGGUCAAACCUCUGCCGAGACCUUUAUUCCCCGGUUUUGUUCUCAUUUGGGUCUCUCUGUCCAGAUUGCCAAUGCUGCUGAAUACAUCGCAAAACAUUCGAAAGAUAUCAAUGUAUUGGCUGGUAAGUCGCCAAUCACAAUAGCUGCAUCUGCCAUCUACUUGGCAAUCCAGUUAUUUAAGGUCAAUAUCACGGCCACACAAGUCUCUCAUACCCUACAAGUCACCGAGGGGACAAUCAAAGGCGGGUACAAGAUUCUUUAUGAGUACAGACACAAAGUUGUUGACCCCCAACUUGUUGCUUCAGGAAAGAUCAAUCUGGACAAUUUGUCCAAAAUGAGUGACAAAGGGGAUAAAAUUGCUGAAUAA